AUGGCAGCCAACACAGCUUUGGGGCUUUGGCUAGAUUGCGUUAGUUGUUGCUUUCUAAUUUCCGUAACAUUCAGUUUUAUUGUGUUAAGCCAACAAACUUAUAGCGGUAAUGUUGGCCUAGCAAUUUCGCAAGCAAUGAUUCUAACCGGUAUGGUACAAUCUGGUGUGAGGCAAGUAGCGGAGUCUUUGAAACAAAUGAUUCUAUUGGCAUUGGCAACAAUUCCUAAAUUACGAAAUGUAAUAAGGAAAUUAAUCAAAGUGACGAAUGCUCCCGAAACGAUGUUAUCUUACGACUGGGUAACGAGGAAGAUGCAAAAAGUGGCUUGCAGGAAAAUGCGAUAGAAGACAGUUCCCAUGAAGUUUGUGAAGAAGGUGGAAGACAUUCAAUACCUACCUCUACUUUACUUAACAGCGGCCAUAUGUAAGUUGGUAACAUGUUUUCGUACGUUCUGUUCUUUCUACGCUUCGAUACAAUUAUAAAAUACAAGAACAAAUGAUUUCGAAAACGUGAACGUCUCAAAAACAAAGAAAAAAAGGUGUUAAUACAAGUAAACUACAAAGGAUUCUGUUAAGUAGUAGCAU